UUUUAGCCACGCUCUCAAUCCAUAGAAAAAUGCUUCCUAUUGACCCUGAUAAUAUAUUUUCACGUCAUAAUGACAAAAAACAAAAUUAUAAUCAUCAAUUUGACAAAACAUCACAAGAUUCUUCUGACACAGAUAGUGAUAAUUCAAUUAUUACAAAACUUACUCCAACAACUACUAAAAACCAUCAAAAGAUAAUAAUUGAAGAAAUUGGGAAUAAAAAGAAAUUUCCUAGAUUUGCUGAAAUAGUUAAAACUGGCAGUUUUGAACCCGAACGUCAUUUUUAUCCCCGUGUUUUAAAUGCUACAAUUCAUCCUUUG